AGCGCAUUAUCGAAAUUGGAGAGCGCCAUUCGUUGAAUGUUAGAUAGCAGUAAUAAUCAGAUAAACGAAGAACUCUUACCGAAUCAAUUUCUCAAUCUUGAAGAUUUUAGUUUGCUUCAUAUCCUGGAAAUGCACGCUUUAGCUGACAGAUCAUUUAAAGUUCCAGGGGCUGAACUUAUGUUGGCUUCUUUCAAUAAAUAUUUUGUGUCCCUAUCAAAUGCCAAACAAAUUCCUUAUUGAACAUCUAUUUUCCAUGCUGCACUUAGAUUUCUGUAGUUGCCUACAUGUUUCAGUAGAGCUGCUCCCUGUGUGAACUAUACUCAUUUAGGGUACAGUCGACUUCAAAAUCCUUUUCAUAAAUGGAACCGGUAGUUCAAGGAAGAGUUAUUGUGAUGAUGGGUGUUAGUGGUGCUGGAAAAACGACUAUAGGUAAUUUUUUAGCUGAAGCUGCAAGUUGUGCUUUUCUUGACGCGGAUGAUUUCCAUUCAGAUACAAACAGAGAGAAGAUGAGAAAAGGGAUUCCACUCUCUGACGAAGAUAGGAAGCCUUGGCUUGAAAUGCUAUGCAAUUCAUUGAAAGAGCGCAUUACUUCUGGGAAAGUUACAAUUCUUGCAUGUUCUGCUCUGAAAAAAAAGUACAGAGAGAUUCUUAGGUUAGCUGAUCCACAUUAUUUUCCGGGGAAGCUUGAUUGUGCAGUGAAGUUUGUUCUUCUUAAUGUUCCCGUUCAAGUACUGGCUGAUCGGCUUAACAAAAGGCUUUCAAAUGGGGAACACUUUAUGCCACCUUCUUUGUUGCAAUCACAGUUAGAGCUACUUGAGAUUGAUGCCUCUGAAGGAAUCAUUGAAGUGGAUGCUACACAGAAUCCUACUAUUAUUGUCGAAACUGUUCGAGCUUCACUUAUCCAAAGGAAGAUUUUUUAAUCUAUUAGAACUGUUUUUACAUGUACAUUAACAUAUGGAAUUUCAUUAUAUGUACAUGGUCAUAAUUUUGAUCUCACAUUAGGUUGCACAACAUAUGAAUUUGAUGAGAGGGACAUAGGAGUAUAAAGAAAAAUUACAAGAUAUUUGAUUUAGAUAACAUUAAGAACUUGAUAGAAUGGUGCUUACUUCAUGUAAUCCUGGAUACAUCUACUUUGUAUUUAAGCCUUUUCAGUGUUUAUAAACAGGGGUGAAUCUAAGAUACUAGUAUAGGAUCGGGUAAACAAAGUUUUCCCUUUAGGGUUUCUCCUUGGUAAGGUUAUCGUCUAGUCGUCUAAACUAUGGGUUGAAUGUGUCUUCUUUGUUCUAAGCCUUACUCCUCUCUUUCUCUUUGGUUCUUUUUUUCUUUCUUUUUCUAUUUGCCUCUUUCUUUCUUUGCAUUCUUGUCUUUCUUGUUUCUUUGUGGAUAUGGAUUCUUAGUUAAAAAUGUUAAAACUGCAUACUUCAGCAGGGCUUUGCAUUUAGGUUUAGAUAAAGAUCAAACCCAUAUUCAUGAAUAUGAUGGUUCCUCGAUGGUUCAUGAGGAGGAUUAGGAUUCCCGGGUAAAAGUAACGUUCAACAAACAAAAUAAUAAUUAUGAUGAUUAAGAUGAUAUUAGAAUUCUGAUACGACUCCUGUGAAAAUUAAUCUGUACUAAAUUAAAAGACCUUUCUUCCCUCAAAGUAGUGACAUGCUGAUAGAUGAUAGAGAGAAUCAAAAUAAGAGAAUACUCCCUAUUCCCUAUGGAGCGAUAUUGUGGAUGAUGAUUGUGCUGAAAACA